AUGCAGAGAGCUCGUCUCAUCUUUUGGGGCGCAGGGCUCCUUUCAAUUGCCAAUGCGCAGUCGACAGCCUCCAUCACGGCGCCAGCCCGGUUCUUCUUCGUUUACGACUCUCAUCCGACAGGCAGUCUCGAGGCCUCCGUCGUGAGCUAUGACCCAACAGACACAACCUACCAGGUCGCUUGCCCUACCGCAAACGAAGCAUGUCAGAAUGAGGGAUACUAUCCGGUCAACAUUACCCAUCACCAAGGCUCUCUCUGGGCGGGGACGAACACGGCAACUGCAGGGACGACCAAGUUUUGGAGCUGCGAUCUGGGUACCGGCAGCGACGAUGUUCUUUCAGAUCAAUACGGAUGGUGUUCGGUGGAGACCACCUCGGGCAGCUCUACAAUGACGGGUGCGAGAAGCCCCGUCAAUACGUGCUUCGUGGAGGCACGAUCGGUCGUCGUGGCUAUUACCGCUGGACUGGACAAAUUGGGGGCUAACAAGGGAGGUGCGCGGGAGGCAUCGUAUCUGUUAUCGGUGGAAUCACAGGAGUGGAGGACGCAGACGUGCCAGCCUUUCAGCAGCCCGACGCCGACCGAGUCCUCGGAGCCGACGACCUCGCUGAGGAGUCCCACCGCAGGCGUCACGGACGGCACGUCGCUGCCGGCGGAGACAGCUUCCCGAACAGCGGUGCCGUCUGAAUCGGCCCCACCUAGCGGGUCUAGCCGAACAUUGACGAGAGUGGCUCUCGCGUUGAUUAUGAGUGCGGGUGUUGCUGCGGUGCUUCUUUGA